UGACACAUUUACACUUUCCCUCAAAAGAAGUAGCGAGGAGCUGAAUAAUAAGUGAUGAGAAGCACGAUCCCAUCCGUUCAUUUACAUCUUCUUCGACUCCACCUCCACGCUUAGGUUAGGGUUUAUCGGGGGAUAGGAUUUGAAUCCGAUGGCCAAACCAGCCCGCGGCCGCCCGGCGUCGCCGUCGGGAUCAGAUUCUCGCUCUUCCUCCCGCUCUCGUUCCCGUUCCCGUUCCAUUUCCCGCUCCCGCUCCCGCUCGCGUUCCUACUCCGGCUCAGCCUCUCGCUCCACUUCCAGGUCGCGCUCCCGCUCUCGCUCUAAAUCCUUAUCCUCUUCCUCCUCUCCUUCUCGUAGCGGCAGCUCCCCUAGCCCUCCGCCACGGAAAAGUCCUGCUGAUGGAGUUAAGCGAGGUCGCUCACCUCCACCACAAACUAAGAAAUCUCCCCCACCUCCAAGGAAAGCUUCACCUGCUCCUGAAUCUCUUGUGCUGCAUGUGGACCAGCUUAGUAGGAAUGUUAAUGAAAACCACUUGAAAGAAAUAUUCGGUAAUUUUGGUGAAGUGGUGAAUGUACGGCUUGCAAUGGAUCAUGUUGUUAACCUUCCCAAAGGAUUUGCAUAUGUUGAGUUCAUUAGGGCAGAUGCUGAAAAGGCUCAGUUAUAUAUGGAUGGUGCUCAAAUUGAUGGUAAAGUUGUUCGGGCGAAGUUCACAUUACCUGAAAGAAAGAAGGUUGCUUCUCCUCCCAAAGCUGUUGCCACCACGUCAAGGAGAGAUGCCUCUAAAGCAGAGGACACUACUGCAGAUGGUGGAGAUGGGGGAAAACGUCCAAGAGAUGUUUCUCCUCGUCGAAAGCAACUAUCUCCACUUCGAAGGAGAUCUCCUGGACCACGAAGAGGAUCUCCUAGACGAGAGCAAGAUUCUCCACCCCUACCUCGUCGUAGAGCUGAUUCUCCUUACCGGCGAGGUGACUCCCCUCCGAUCAGGAGAAGGCCUCCUUUAUCUCCUGGCAGAGGCCGUUCACCUUCUCCUCCAAGACGCUUCCGGUCACCGCCAAGGUCAUCUCCAAGAAGAAUACGCGGUAGUCCUGUUCGUCGGCGUUCCCCUCCUCCACCUAGGCGACGUUCACCAAGACGUCUUCGAAGUCCUCCAAGAAGGUCUCCUAUUGGUCGCAGACGUAGUCGCUCUCCUAUUAGGAGGCCAGCUCGUUCGCCAUCACGAUCACCCUCUCCUAGAAGAGGUCGAGUGCCGCCUUCUAGACGUGGGAGGUCUUAUUCUUCGUCGCCUAGUCCGCGCAGGGGACCUCGUAGGGUAUCACGGAGCCGUAGCCCUCGAAGGCCUAUUAGAGGGAGGAAUAACAGCAGCAGCAGCACCAGCAGUUCUCCUCCGCCUAAGCCAUAAAUCAUGAUGAGUUGGCUUUCAGCAGUGCUCUAUGCUUUUGGGCUGCGACUAAACUUUUGUAAUCACUAGUUUGCUGUAAACAAAGUUUGUACCUGGCUGCUGAUUCUUCAAUUAGAAAUUUUCUUAACCGCGAAUUAUGCCUGUACUCCGAUGCAGAAUCUAUGUUGAGAAAUUAUUUACAGUUAACAAUUCGGACA